AUGAUGAUGAUCAUAGAACUUACAUUAGAUUCAAGUUCAAUAAUAUUCAAUUACACAGCAUUGACACCUUUAGGUUUAACACAAUCAAAUUCAAUGAAAAAAUUUAUGGUGUAUCGUAUUGUUCAAAUUUGUGGUGCAACAAUAUAUCGUAAAACAGUCUCAUUUUCACGUCAUACAACGCAUGUUGGUGCAUUAGCUUGGAAUGAUUAUUGUUUAUUAGCAAAUGGUGGUGGAACAACUGAUCGAUAUAUUCGAUUUUGGAAUAUAUUAAUUGCACAAAGUUUACAAUGUAUUGAUACUGGUUCUCAAAUAUGUAAUUUAGCUUGGUCUAAACAUUCAAAUGAACUUGUUCCAACACAUGGAUAG